UCUGCUAACGUCUCGGCGUAUACAGUUUAUUUUGGUGCUCUUUUAGAGCUUUCAAAUGGAUUUUUCCCAGUUUAUUCCAGGAAAAAGAUGCUGCUUUAUUCAUGAAAUCUGUUGCAGAGCCGUAUUGCGACGGUCUAACUUGAUGUCGUUGAAAAUGUAGAUAACACAAUCUCACGAGAGUAAAAGUGUACAGUGAAAGUGGAAAUGCAUGAGGCCUUGGUUCUGCUUAUCCUGAUAGAGGAGGGUUUCGCACUGGCACAGAAAACUCAAGCUUUGCCUCAGAAUGUGGCUGUUGAGGAUAAGAAACCGGCUCACUGCGGAACUUUGAUCCAGACGGCAAAUGGAGGAUCAUUCAGUUCUCCAAACUACCCCAACACUUACCCACCAAACAAGGAGUGUGUGUACAUCCUGGAGGCCCAUCCACGGAAGAGAAUCCAGCUCAUCUUCGAUGACAUCUACUACAUCGAGCCGUCCUUUGAGUGCCGCUUUGAUAAUAUUGAAAUCCGUGAUGGGCCGUUUGUUUUCUCUCCGUUGAUUAAUCGGUUCUGCGGGGCAAAGAGUCCAGGAAUUGUCACCUCUUCCGGACGCUUCAUGUGGAUCAGGUUUACCAGCGACGAGGAGCUGGAGGGACUGGGCUUCAGGGUGGAGUAUUCAUAUACUGCAGAUCCUGACUUUCAUCUCCAUAUUGGGGGACUCUUGAAUCCCAUUCCAGACUGUCAGUUUGAAAUGUCUGGAUCAGAUGGUAUAAUCAGAUCUAGUCAAGUUGAGGAGGAAAACAAGGUGAAAUUAGGGGAAGCACUGGACUGUAUUUGGACCAUACGAGCUCCACCGAUGUCUAAGGUUUUGAGCCGUAAGGGUUUAUUCAGCGCUGCAGAGACGCAGGAGGUGCUGGAGCCUCCUCAGUACGAGCUCUUCUCCAUGCGGGAAGCGGAGCUGCCGGAGGAUCUGUCGGAGGAGCUGGAGAGUCUGCAGAAACUCCGCCGCUCCUCCAGCAUGUCCCGCUGUGUCCACGAGCAUCACUGUGGCGCUCCGAGCAGCGCCGCCUCCAUCGUCAUGGCAAGCAGAGCGCAUCAUCUCUCGCACGACUCUGAUGACAUGAGUACGGAUGUUGGAGCCAGAGGCUGGGGCAGCUUCCACGGACGCAGGAGCAGCUCCCACUCGCACCCUUUCACGCACGACCCGCGCGCUCACGCUUACAGCGCCCAGAGUCUGAGAGAGGCACUGGAAGAUGAGGAGCUGGGGCUGGAGGAACGGGUGAUGGAGGAGAUCGGCUACAAUGAUUUUAUCACCCGUGGACGCAACGUCAUGAUGGUACGUAAUCAUGCCAACCCUGUCCAACAACGCUCCCUCUCUAUGGACUUCUGAGUGGUGCGGAAGUCAGCUGACACUUUUUAUUUGUCGUGUAAAAAUUCAAUAAUAUAAUGCGUAGCUGUAAAUGUUUGCCCACACCUACUUUUAUUAUUUUACUAUUUUAUUUCAAAGUUUUUUCUUGUCGUUGAAACCUCCUUUGCCCUUCCUAUACUUGAUUUCAAGCCAAGUCCAGUAUUUUUUUUUUAUUGGUGUUAUUCUCAUUCCUCAAAACCAGAUUAUGUAGUAAAGUUUUAAACACAUGCCAAUGGUGGUUAAAUAUCUCUUACUGGCCAUGAAACGGUAUUUUGCAUAAUUUUUUUGCUAAUUAAUUUUUUUGUCUCAUGAUUCCUUAGUCAUUAGUCCACAUUUUUGCAUAUAUUCAUGACCAGCAGCUUCAUGUCUUUCUUUUUAACUAGAAGAUUUUGUUACUGAUAAAUUCAUUUUGAUAGUUUAAUGCAAAGACUUACACUACCAUUCAGAGGUUUGGGGUA